UAAAGUGGUUCUAUGACGAAAACUUAACGUUAAAAAAUCAUCGAUUUUAGCAUUCAAUAGUUUAAACACAUAUCAAUUAUUGCUUUCGUAAAAUGUAAGCAAAAAUAAUAAUAUAACGAGGGAGUUAUGAACAUUUGAAAUGUCUAAUUUUCAUGUCCGCCAUUAAAAUCGGCCAUUUUGAAUAUUUGCAAUUAGCAAAGGUCUGUGACGUCAUGGUCUUAACACGGCAAGAAGCGCACAUUGGAAAGUAUACAAAGUAAUACAUAAAUAGAGCAAAAAAAUGUCAAAUUCAUCGAGAUGUAGCUCGCUCUCUGAGUCUUCGAUCGAGACAAACGCAUCGAUUUCUUCAUCGGAAUUUAUGACGGCAAAUUCGGACGAAUCUAAUUCGGAAAUUUUGCCAUUUGCCGAUAAUAUUGAACCGCUUGCUUCGCCCGAUGAAAUAGCUGAGUACGAAGCUUCAGUUGCAGAAGAACGGCGGGUUGAAGACAUGCUGCAAGAUCGUUUUGAUGCUCGUGUUGAUGUUACUUCAUGGUGUGAAUGUGGCCAUUGUUCGUUGGAUCUUGUUGUCAACCCUCAAGAGUGCCGAUGCUGCAUGGAAAUAGAGCAAUGCCGUGGUAAAAUGUAUCAUAACGAUAUCGAUGAAAGGAAAUGCAUUUUGAUCACCCUAGCUUUAACGAAGUUUGCCUGAACGAAUUUGUUCUUCAAGCAGCUUCGUUAGGUUUAAAGCCAGUUGGGUUUAAUUCUUCUUUGUUCAUACUGGAUACAGACACUUUAUUUUGUAUUUCCUUUAAAACCUUAGUAUA